CCACCCAAACACAGAAUUGUUGAGGAUUUUCUGCUGCAUUGUGUGGUUUUCGAGCGAACAGACUGUUGCAAAGUGAAAACAAUAUAAUUCACUGUGAGUCGACACCAUUUUGCCUGCCAUCGCCGGUGACAAAACAGGAUACAUCAUCGACAGCGGAGCAACACAACCUUUCUGUUGCAAGGGAGCAACAGCAACACAAACUACGGUUGAAUCAUAAAUCGGUCUGAAGUGCUAUCCACAAUACUAUACACAUUGUUAUCCGAGUAAAAAGUACGCUCCCCUGAUCUAAAUAGAAUUUGCUGACAAUCACAUCAUGAGUGAAAAAAGCAAGUUAAUUUCCCGAUGGCGAGGAACGUUCACAAAAGGGACCGAUUUUGACUCGUGGGGGCAGCUGGUGGAAGCAGUCGACGAAUACCGAAUGGUGUCUAGGCAGUUGCACAAAGAAGCAGCAUCAAGUACAAGUCCCUUUACAGAUGACCAAAAGAAAAACUUAUCCAAGAUUGCUACAUGCUUAGAACUGAGAAGUAGAGCAUUACAGUCGCCUCAUUCAGUUGAUGGAUUUACUUUGGAACAAUUGAAGAGAGUAGAACCAGUAUUCACAACCCUUGCAAGGCAAGGUGCAUAUGAGUUUCCAGUUUCAGUACCAUCAACUCCGCUAAGACCACCUCCACUUUUAGAAAGUGGACAAAUAAAUGAUUUAGAUGUAGAUGAUGAAGAGGAUGAAGAUGAUGAGAGAUUAGCGAUGUCUGCUAGCGGUGGCAGCAGUUGUGAACCUUUUACUACGAGUACCAGUAUCAAAACAACUACUAUACAAAGCAGUGCUACAUCUACUUAUAGAUCGGGUAACCUUCUACCAAGAAUUCCUCAUGAGCCCAAAAUGACAUUGGUAACAUUGAGAGUUGAAAAACUUGGGUUAAAAAGUGCAAGUUCGCAUAUUGAUCCAUAUAUAACAAUAUCAGUCAAAGACGUAAGUGGUGUUGAUUUAACACCUAUUCAAGAAACACCAGUAGCUGUAAGAAAAGAAGAUUUAUAUAUUCAUUUUGAUGCAGAUAUAGAACUACAGAAACCAUUAGAAAAACUACCAAAAGGUACAGCAAUCUUUUUUGAAUUCAAGCAUUAUAAACCUAAAAAGAAGUUCACAAGCACAAAGUGUUUUGCUUUCAUGGAACUUGAUGAAAUCAAAAGUGGUGGUUGUGUCAUUGAAUUGUAA